AUGACACUCCGGCGGGGAGAAAAGACCACCAUCAGCAUUCAGGAGCAUAUGGCCAUUGACGUGUGCCCGGGUCCCAUCAAGCCCAUCAAACAAAUCUCCGACUACUUCCCCCGCUUCCCCCGGGGGCUCCCGACGGCAGUCAGCCGGAGCGGCUCCCAGCAGGCCGGAGCCAGCCAAGCCUCGGUCAGCCCCUCCGAUCCCCCCAGGGACGACGAAGAGGAUGUGGACCAGCUGUUUGGUGCCUAUGGCCCCAGCCCUCCGCCAGCGGCAGCCCCCGCCCCAGCCCCAGCCCCAGCCCGCAAGCCGGAGGAAGACAUAGACGGGGAGGGCUACGAGUCGGACGACUGCACUGCCUUGGGGACCUUAGACUUCAGUUUGCUCUACGACCAGGAAAACAACGCCCUUCACUGCACCAUCAGUAAAGCCAAGGGACUGAAGCCAAUGGACCAUAAUGGGCUGGCAGAUCCAUACGUCAAGCUGCAUUUGCUCCCGGGAGCAAGUAAGGCAAAUAAACUAAGAACAAAAACUCUUCGAAAUACCCUAAACCCCACCUGGAACGAGACCCUCACCUACUACGGAAUCACAGAUGAAGAUAUGAUCCGGAAGACACUAAGGAUUUCUGUCUGUGAUGAGGACAAAUUCCGCCACAAUGAGUUCAUCGGGGAGACCCGGAUCCCCCUGAAAAAACUGAAACCCAACCAAACCAAGACCUUUAGCAUCUGUUUGGAGAAACAGCUGCCGGUGGAUAAGACGGAAGACAAGUCGCUGGAAGAGCGAGGGCGGAUCCUGAUAUCCCUGAAGUACAGCUCCCAGAAGCAGGGCCUGGUGGUGGGCAUCGUGAGGUGCGCACAUCUGGCAGCCAUGGAUGCCAAUGGAUACUCCGACCCCUAUGUGAAAAUAUACCUGAAACCCGAUGUGGACAAGAAAUCCAAACACAAGACAGCUGUGAAGAAGAAAACCCUGAAUCCGGAAUUCAAUGAGGAGUUCUGCUAUGAAAUAAAGCAUGGGGACCUGGCUAAGAAGACCCUGGAGGUCACUGUCUGGGAUUACGAUAUCGGCAAAUCCAAUGAUUUCAUCGGAGGAGUCGUGUUGGGCAUCAACGCCAAGGGUGAACGCCUUAAGCAUUGGUUUGACUGCCUGAAAAACAAAGACAAGAAAAUCGAGCGCUGGCACACGCUGACCAACGAGCUGCCCGGAGCUGUCCUCAGUGACUGA